UGGCCCGCGGGCACGCGCAUUCCUGGUAGCUGUAGAGGGAAAGGCCGGUCUGCUGGCGCCACCGUGGGAGAUCCACCACCCCUUUGUCCCCGCGGGGCCUCCACCAAGCUGGGAGAGAGUGUCUGCGCUGAGAUAAAUUCCUGAGCUGGUGCCCGGCAGGUGACACUGACUUCCUGCAGCCCCCAGCAUGUGGACAGGCCUGGGCCCCGCCGUCACACUGGCCCUGGUGUUGGCGGUGGCAUGGGCCACGGAGCUGAAGCCCACAGCACCACCCAUCUUCACGGGCCGGCCCUUUGUGGUCGCAUGGGAUGUGCCCACACAGGACUGUGGCCCCCGCCACAAGAUGCCAUUGGACCCAAAGGACAUGAAGGCCUUUGAUGUGCAGGCCUCACCUAACGAGGGUUUUGUAAAUCAGAACAUCACCAUCUUCUACCGUGACCGGCUGGGCAUGUAUCCACACUUCAAUUCGGUGGGGAGGUCAGUGCAUGGUGGUGUGCCACAGAAUGGCAGCCUCUGGGUACACCUGGAGAUGCUGAAGGGACAUGUGGAACGCUAUAUUCGUACACAGGAGCCUGCAGGGCUGGCAGUCAUCGACUGGGAGGACUGGCGGCCAGUGUGGGUGCGCAACUGGCAGGACAAGGAUGUGUACCGCCGAUUAUCACGCCAGUUGGUGGCCAGUCGCCACCCCGAUUGGCCACCAGAGCGCGUAGUCAAGGAGGCACAGUAUGAGUUUGAGUUCGCUGCACGGCAGUUCAUGCUGGAGACACUGCGAUUUGUCAAGGCAUUUCGGCCUCGGCACCUAUGGGGCUUCUACCUCUUCCCUGACUGUUACAACCAUGAUUAUGUGCAGAACUGGGAGACCUAUACAGGCCGCUGCCCUGAUGUUGAGGUCUCCCGAAAUGACCAGCUGGCCUGGCUCUGGGCCGAGAGUACGGCCUUGUUCCCCUCUGUCUACCUGGAAGAGACACUGGCUUCCUCCACUCACGGCCGCAACUUCGUCAGCUUCCGUGUCCAGGAGGCUCUUCGCGUGGCUGACGUCCAUCAUGCCAACCAUGCACUCCCAGUCUACGUCUUCACGAGGCCCACCUAUAGCCGUGGACUCACAGGGCUUAGCGAGAUGGAUCUCAUUUCCACCAUUGGUGAGAGUGCUGCCCUGGGUGCAGCCGGCGUUAUCCUCUGGGGUGACGCAGGGUUUACCACCAGCAACGAGACCUGCUGGCGCCUCAAGGAUUAUCUGACUCGGUCGCUGGUACCCUAUGUCGUCAAUGUGUCCUGGGCUGCCCAGUACUGCAGCUGGGCCCAGUGCCACGGCCAUGGGCGCUGUGUGCGCCGGGACCCCAACGCUCACACCUUCCUGCACCUCAGUGCCAGCAGCUUCCGUCUAGUGCCUAGCCAUGCACCUGAUGAGCCACGGCUGCGACCAGAGGGGGAACUCAGUUGGGCCGACCGCAACCACCUGCAGACGCACUUUCGCUGCCAGUGCUACUUAGGCUGGGGCGGUGAGCAAUGCCAGUGGGACCGCAGGCGGGCAGCUGGUGGUGCCAGUGGGGCCUGGGCUGGGUCCCACCUCACUGGCCUGCUGGCAGUGGCAGUCCUGGCCUUCACCUGGACUUCGUAAGGGUCUCUCACCCAGCUGCCAGGCCAGCUGGCCUCUGCCACAAGGGGUCUGUCAGGCAUGUAGGAGCCCGCAAGGGGUGGACAAACCAGAGUCUGGAGGGGCAGAGCCCUCUGGGAUGCCCGGUAGGAUGUCCAUACCAGCUCCCGCCCCCUGUUCUAAGGGGGAGGGGCAGUCCCCUGGAAGGCCCCAUCUCUCCCUGCCAGAGAGGAAGAGGGGCAUGGCUGGGCCGGGGAGGACCUGACCCUACUCCCCUGCCCCUGGAUAGUUUAUUAUUAUUAUUUUGGGGUCUCUUUUGUAAAUUAAAUAUAAAACAACUGCUUCUUUG